ACAGUUUUAUUUUAUUUCAAUCAAUAUUAUAUAAUUAAAAUAAAGGAUUUAGACUGUUAAUCAUAUCGACAUGUUUAUUUGUACACUCCAUCAUAGCACGAAAAAAACGGCUUGCAAUGUUGGAUCAUUUAAUAGCGGUAUCUCGUGAAGGUUUAAUAACUGAUUCUGAUAUUAGAGAAGAAGUCGACACUUUUAUGUUUGAGGGUCAUGAUACUGUGGCGACGGCUCUAUGUUUUAUUUUGGCAUUAUUAGCUGAACAUAAAGACAUUCAGGAUCGUGUCAGAAACGAAAUCGAUACUGCUAUAAAAGAGAAUAGGGAGAAAUUGACUAUGAAAUUAUUGCAACAGCUACCAUAUUUAGAGAGAUGUAUAAAAGAAGGAUUGCGCUUAUAUCCCAGUGUUUAUUUUAUAUCGCGCUUUACUGCAGAAGAUGUAAAAUUACGUACGUAUCAAAUUAAAUUUUUUCUUAUUUUUAAAAUUAUUUAA